AUGACAGCACCGCAAUACAACAUCAAUGCGGCCGACCUGCCCCAGGAUCCCUUCAUACCACAGGCGGAGCACACAACUCCUAGCUUUCUCGAUACCGGCGCUUGUGUCUGCGCGCUUCGAACGACGCCAGAUGACAGUGGUCAAGACAGUGUGACGGCAUGGCAAUGCAUUGGAAACCAGACACAGAACGUAUAUGAGGCCACCACCGGCAAAUGGUUCAACACGCUCCACGGUGGCAGCACGACAAGCUUGCCAAUCUACGAUGCAUCUAACGGUCCCAACACCGCUACCACUUUCCAAUGGGACGCCGCACAGGAUCGUUUAGUCGAGGCAUCGGGCCAGACUGGGUUUGAUAUUUACGAUCGAGCAUGCACAGCUGUGAAUCAGACUACCUUCACCACGGCAUUCUAUAGGACCAAGGAUGCAAUUGCUCGGAAUGAAACACUCGUCGAUGCUGCGCCGUGUUAUAGGGGGCCCGAAGCGAUCCCCAUCCGCAUCCAGACUGCCGAGGAGUGGGAGGAGAAGGGCUGCCUCGAAGGGUUCUUAUGUGCUAACAACACCGUUAAUAGCUUGCCCCAAUACUGCCCGCCUGUGACUGAUUGUCAAACAUCCCGUUUGUUUGGGCAGGUGUGUCAACUAAGCGGCACCAACAUAGGCAUGGGCCCGUUCGAGCCGAUAGUGUGCCAAGCUGGGAAUUAUUGUCCCGCUCCUGGAAACAAAAUGAUUCCAUGUCCCGCGGGUUCCUAUUGCCAGCCCGGUGCUGCAACACCAACACCCUGCGAUAUCGGGAGUCGUUGUCCAGAGGGAUCCGUGUUUCAGCGAAACUUAAUACCAGUCAUAGUCUUGCUCGCGAUAGAUGUCGCAAUUCUCGUGGGCAUAAUCGUGCACGGACUUCGCAACCGGUUCCGCAGGACCACGAGCGCGCAUUCCGCUUCUCUGAACAACUCAGCAAAGGUACCCUUGAGAGCCAUGUCGGUCAAGGCAUCCGGAUACAGUCGUUUGGAUGAUGAGACUGAGCACGACCAGGAGAUGCUACCCAUGGAAGACACAUAUAUGCCGCGCGGGGACGCGUGGCAUGGAUUCCAUGCCGUUCUCGAUAUGGACUUUAGUAGGGGCAUGUGGGCCGAAGAGCUAGAAAACGCGCAAGGCAUGACACCUCAACUUCGAUCAUUUGUUGAGUCAAUGCGAAAGGCUACCGACGCCGCUCAUUUCGGUCUUUCGUUCACAUACUCCAAUCUAAGCUUCCAGCCGAGGAACUCCGCCAGGAUGAUUCUCCAGAACGUCACGGGCUCUAUCGAACGUGGAACAGUCACGGCUGUCAUGGGUGGCUCUGGAGCGGGUAAGUCGACGUUUGUCAAUGUCUUGAUGGGCAAAACCAACCAGACUGGUGGGUCGGUUGCUAUCAACGGUGUCCCAGGGAAGCUUAAGCGGUACAAGAAACUCAUAGGCUACGUUCCUCAAGAUGACAUAGUGUUGCCUGAGCUCACGGUCUACGAAAACAUAUUACACUCGGCUAGGAUCCGUCUACCGCGGACGUGGAAGGAUCGAGACGUCGUUGCACACGUUAAUUCUGUCAUUGAUUGCCUCGAAUUAUCUCAUGUCAAAGACUCCCUUGUGGGUACCGUCGGGAAGCCUGUAAUCAGUGGUGGUCAACGGAAGCGUGUGAGUAUUGGCAUGGAACUAGCUGCUGCACCCAUGGCCAUAUUCUUGGAUGAGCCAACUUCCGGUCUGGAUGCCACAGCUGCUAGCUCGAUCAUGGCGACACUCAAGGCUAUUGCACGGUUAGGCAUUUCUGUUAUCGUCAUCAUCCACCAGCCGCGUAUGGAGAUCUUCGAGAUGUUGGACAACUUGGUUCUCCUUGGCAACGGUCAGCUCAUCUACGAGGGGCCAGAGGCAGACGUUCGCUUAUUCUUCGAAAGCAUUGGCUAUCGCUUCCCGGCUCAUAGCAACUAUGGAGAUGUGGUCACAGACAUCAUCACUGGAAAUGGUCGCGCCUACAAAAGCAGUGGUAAUAUUUCGAGGGAGUCGCUCAUUGACUAUUGGGCCAGUUCGCACCAUCGUUCAACUCGAAAUAGCCGAGCCGAGUCAAUAAUCUCGGUCAGCAGCUCGUCGAUGAGCAAGGUUUUGAGGACACGAGGUGCAUCUCGACUCAAACAGCUUUGGCUCUGUCUACGACGUGCGAUGUUGCAGCAGUCCCGUAGUAUUGUCACAUUCUGGAGCGAGAUGUUGCUUGCGUCCAUCGCCGGUUUUCUUAUCGGUCUGGCGGAGAACUCCAAGAACGGCGUUCUCUUCACCGGCUUAUACAAUCCCCCAUUUGAGAUUUUGUCUGUUGCUAUGGAUAUAAAAUCUACGCCCGAAACAUCACUUCUAGUUGCUAUAGCCAUUGGGCUUGUAGCUGCAGCUCCUGGCGUCAAGGUUUUCUCCGAAGAGAUGCUUGUACAACGACGUGAGUCAGAGGCUGGCCAUUCUAGACUGGCAUAUUUCUUGGCCAAGUCAGCCUCGGUGGUCCCGCGUAUGCUUCUCGCUUGUUUACACUUCACGACGUGGUUUAUGCUGCUUUCUGUCCCGAUCAUUUCGUGGAACUUGGCCUUUUUGGUCAAUCUCUUGUACUUCUAUUGCAUCUACGGCCUGGCGAGUUUCUUAAGCAUGAUACUACGAAGAGAAGAUGCGCCUCUCUUUGCCACUAUGAUCAGCCUCAUUGUCGGUGUCUUGUGUGGUGCUGCACCACCCCUGAGUAAUGUCAAAAAGUGGCAUCUGGAAUGGCUGUGGCGGGCGAGCCCUGGCGUCUGGUUGGCCGAGAUCUAUUUCGGACAAAUGGUUGCGCCUUACGAAUAUUUAUACAACACAAAACUCGCUGCUGCGAAUAUGGGCUUUCACUUGGAUUGGUUUCAACGGAACCUCGCAGUCCUCCUCGGAAUUGGUACCUUGUACAGGCUUCUAGCUUACGUGGGAUUGUUCGCUGGAAAGGGGAUCCGACUUUGA